CAUACGUCGCAGAGGUGCGACGACUGAGAGGAAACGCGAGCCCAAGUAAAUUCAGAGGGCCAGACAUCUGGAAGCUGUAUAUGGCCCCUUUACCAUCCAUGAUGAGUUCUAUUCAAGGACCACUUUCCCAAGACGGUGAAGUGCAGAAGCGCGCAAAUGCGGACAAAGAGGAGACUCAAAUCAACGACAAAGCGACUGUCCAUGGAUGUAAAAGCAAGGCUUUCAGUCUUCCUUUCAGCGUGGAAUCUUUGAUAUCAGACAGAAUGACGUCCAGGACUUCUUAUUCCGCGCCCGAAACAGGUCUGAUAUCCCCUUCGACUGGGGCUGACGAGCGGUUGCGUCUCUCGCCUAUGGGUCUUUACGCAGAUAGAAAAAUACCACUGGAGAGUGUUUCAAACUUAUCUGUCGGUAAAAUAAGAGAAAAGGAAGAGCCUAAUGAAAAGAAGCAGACCGGAUGGUUUCAGACACCAUCGUACGCCUCUCCGCCACGACACUCAAGCCCAUCUCCUUGCACCCUCAGAAAACACAAGAACAACAGAAAACCGAGGACUCCUUUUACCACCUCACAGUUGCUGGCUUUGGAGAGAAAGUUCCGUCAAAAACAGUAUCUUUCUAUAGCAGAAAGAGCUGAAUUUUCCAAUUCGCUUAAUUUAACAGAGACUCAAGUGAAAAUAUGGUUUCAGAACAGAAGAGCUAAAGCAAAGAGACUCCAAGAAGCAGAGUUAGAGAAACUAAAACUUGCAUCCAAGCCUCUGCUACCGGCUUUCGCAUUUCCUUUCCAGUUGGGAACACACGUCGGCUCCCCGUCCCUUUACGGACACACAACGUCUAUUCCUCGCCCUUCACUACCGGUUCCAGGACUUUUUGGUGGACCCGUUACCUACGGAAUGUAUUAUUUGUCUUAACCGAGUGUGUUCAAUAUAAUUCACUAAAAGAAAAGUAAAAUGGCCCACUUGCUCUUUUGGAAAAUUCAAAGUAAAACAGGCAUAAAACAAUGCCAUGAACAUGUACAUUUUAGCUGACAUUCAUAUAAUAAUUAAGUACAGGAAAGAAAUACUGAAAAUGCAUUGCACUAAUGCGCCCCUUAAAACAAUUUACUACGUCUGUCUGGCGAAAAGAAAAAACGUAAUGACUACAACAGCGGAUUCACUUCAACAUGUUAUCUAGCGACAGUCUCUGGUAGCCAAAUAAUGUACAAUAUGCCACACCUCGAUAAAGCUAGUUCCCAAAUAACUGCUCAAACGGUAACAUUUUCAACGAACACGUGUUAAGGCUACAAUCUAAAUUUAAGUCAAGGCUACAAGCCUAAAAGUCAGACAUUUAAGAGGCACCUCUGACAUGGAUUUUUAACAAAAAUAUUUUAAAAAUAAAUAAAACAUAUUAAAUAGCUAAAUACGGCACCUCUCAACGUCUAAUUCGCAUUGCUUUGAGAAGCUUGCUGGCGUUAUGUCGGGAAUAUGCUACCUCGCCACUUGUUAAAAAGAUCCGAAGUUUGAAGCGAAUAGACUACACUUUGCAGGCUGCCAUUUCCUCUUGAUUAACCUUGGUCCAAGAAUGAUGUUUGCAUUAGAUUUCAUUUAGCCAUACCUUUAGGUACAUGUUGUAGUAUGAUAGAAUAUAAAAUUAACCUCUCAGAUUUUUAUAAUUGUAAAUAAGCGUAUAUAUUAGCGUGCGGAUAUUUUCAACCACCUCUGAAAUUAGACAUUCAGAUAUUUAUACAUUACGUUUACAUUUAUCUUCUGUAAAUUAUUGUAUAUAUGUACAUAAAAAUUAGAAAAAAACUUUUGUACUGAAAAAUAAAAAAAAUUGAAUCAAG